CACUCAACUUAUACUCGACUAGAUUCGUUGGAAUCGCUCCUCAACGAACUUCUCUAUAUGUUUUAUCUGGGCCUGUUUUUUGUGAACGUUUUAAUCCUAUACUAUGCCUUUCUAAUGGAAUACAUCGUCUUGAAUGUGGGGAUAGUGUUUCUACCGGAAGAUAUGGACCAGGCGCUGGUGGAUCUAGGGGUACUAUCUGACCCGGCCUCUGUCCCUUACGACACGGACACAGAACUCGAUGUGUUCGAGAGGUACCUGGAGUGAGCUGGACCCAGGGCUAGAGAGGUAUCUGGAGUGAGCUGGACCCAGGGCUAGAGAGGUACCUGGAGUGAGCUGGGCCCAGGGCUAGAGAGGUAUCUGGAGUGAGCUGGGCCCAGGGCUAGAGAGGUAUCUGGAGUGAGCUGGGCCCAGGGCUAGAGAGGUACCUGGAGUGAGCUGGGCCCAGGGCUAGAAAGGUACCUGGAGUGAGCUGGGCCCAGGGCUAGAGAGGUACCUGGAGUGAACUGGGCCCAGGGCUAGAGAGGUACCUGGAGUGAGCUGGGCCCAGGGCUAGAGAGGUAUCUGGAGUGAGCUGGGCCCAGGGCUAGAGAGGUAUCUGGAGUGAGCUGGGCCCAGGGCUAGAGAGGUAGAGAGAAGCCCCGGGGUCGAACUGGAUUCCUACCGAACUGUGAUGAUGAUGAUGGGAGAGACUGAUACUGGAAACUUCGAGAGGAGGAUAAUUGUGUUGGCUUGGAGCAACAUUGGCUGCUGGAUGAAAAAGUUGUCACGGCUCAAGACAAGAUAUCUGGAGAGAGUCAGAACCAACAGUGGGCACAGACAGAUAGACAGGACAAAUCACAGCCGAGUUACAGCUGCCUGUCAAAACUGUCUAACUGUGGCCAAUCAACAAGCAGAACUGUCGAACUGGCCAAUCAACAAGCAGAACUGUCUAAUUGUGGCCAAUCAACAAGCAGAACUGUCUAAUUGUGGCCAAUCAACAAGCAGAACUGUCUAAUUGUGGCCAAUCAACAAGCAGAACUGUCUAAUUGUGGCCAAUCAACAAGCAGAACUGUCUAAUUGUGUCCAAUCAACAAGCAGAACUGUCUAAUUGUCAUUGUGUCCAAUCAACAAGCAGAACUGUCUAAUUGUGUCCAAUCAACAAGCAGAACUGUCUAAUUGUGUCCAAUCAACAAGCAGAACUGUCUAAUUGGCCAAUCAACAAGCAGAACUGUCUAAUUGAGGCCAAUCAACAAGCAGAACUGUCUAAUUGUGUCCAAUCAACAAGCAGAACUGUCUAAUUGUGGCCAAUCAACAAGCAGAACUGUCUAAUUGUGGCCAAUCAACAAGCAGAACAUUGAGCGAUCAGGGGACAACGUCAUACUAACUCUGGUCCUGUAGAACUGACCUAGGAUCAGUUAACCUGACAGGACAGCACUGUAGUGCUUACUAACUCUGGCCCUGUAGAACUGACCUAGGAUCAGUUAACCUGACAGGACAGCACUGUAGUGCUUACUAACUCUGGCCCUGUAGAACUGACCUAGGAUCAGUCAACCUGACAGGACAGGAAGUGACCUUUAGAUCGGUGCCUGUAGAGUCUAGAGGCAGCUUCACCCUGCUCUGCUCUGACUCUCUCAAAGGGGGGAGAGAGUCUAUGUUCAUGUUGUCUCUGGUGUCUGCCAAUCAAUAAUCAAUAAUACUGUAUCAGCUUGGUCCUGAUCAGUAACCCACCACAGACCAGCUGCUGGCUGCUUCACUGCUCCCCCGGCUAACAUCUCCCAGCGAGCAUUGGGCUGGACGGCGGAAGUAUCUGGUGACUUUACAGCUAAUGUCAAUCAAUCUCUAUGCUAUAACAGUUCAUAAGGGGUUUAUAAUGCAGUGUUGUUCCUCUGCUCAGUCGGCUUUGUAUUAUAAUGGAGGCGGAGGAGUCUCACCCCAACCACCUGUAGAUAGCAGUUACACCCACCUGGGGGACGACGACACCCAGGGCCCUUUAUGGCAAUAGAAGGCUCUGAUGCCCCCCCCCGGCAGCCAUUUUAAACCAAAACGUUCAGCACCACACAUCAGCUGAGAGGUGAGGAGGACCCCUCUUCAUCAUCAUCAUCAUUAAGACACCCCAGCACCAGCCUUCACAUCAUCUUCAUCAUCAAGACACCCCAGCACCAGCCUUCACACCCUCUCCAUCCCUUCUCUCCCCUUCACAGAGAAGGACCUGCACAGUGUGUUAUAAGGGGCUAUGACGUGUUAUAAGGAGCUAUAACGUGUUAUAAGGCGCUAUGACGUGUUAUAAGGAGAAGCUUUGACGUGUUUUAAGAAGCUAUGAUGUGUUAUAAGGAGCUAUGAUGUGUUAUAACCUAUGACGUAUUAUAACUAGAAAUGACGUGUUAUACGGAGCUAUGACGUUAUAACCUAUGAUGUGUUUUAAGAAGCUAUGAUGUGUUAUAAGGAGCUAUGACGUGUUAUAAGGAGCUAUAAGCGUUCAUAAAGUUGUUGAUGUUCCAAUGCAUAUUUAAUAAACCAUCGAUGAGUGGAUGAA